AUGUCCGAAACUGGUCGGACGAGGGCCUCGGCCUCUCACGCCCGGGCUCCUCUCGCGGAUGCGACUCAACGCAUCAAUAACGCUUCAUCCAAAAUUCCCGUCAAAUCAUCAAAGUCACGCGACAAAACCGCCGGCCAUUCCCAGAAUGCCUUUGCUUCGGAUCAUCAACGCCAUGCCAACGACUAUGACCCGCCAGUUUCUGGAGCGAGAGUGACAGCUUCUUCGGCUGGUACAUCUAGCGCUCGCAACCCCGUCGUUGCAAGAGCAAGAGCAUCCCAUGACGUUGACCCGUCGAAGCGCAUAUCCCAGGUCUCGCAGGCCUCUACAACCACAUCGAGCAAGAGAAGCAGCGGCUAUGCUUACAAGACACACAUCGGACCUUGGUUGCUUGGCAGAACUCUCGGAAAAGGCUCAUCCGCUCGUGUGAGACUCUGCAAGCACCGGCUGUCUGGAGAAUUGGCAGCCGUGAAAAUUGUGCCAAAGAAGACAGCAUACUUGAUCCAAGCUGGCAGCCUUGCUGAGCUUCACGACUACGACGACAACUUGCCCGAGAAGAUCAAUGGCGAGAUGCGUGUACCUCUUUCAAUCGAGCGAGAAGUGGCUAUCUUGAAGCUGGUCGACCAUCCCAACGUUAUGAAGGUUUAUCUGGUACUCGAGUACGUUGAACAGGGUGACUUGUUCGACUACAUCAAUACCAAUGGUCGAUUUACAGAGGAGGGCGCCAUGUUCCUUUUUCGGCAAAUGAUGAGCGCUCUUCAAUAUUGCCAUUCCUUCAACAUCUGCCAUCGAGACCUCAAGCCCGAAAAUAUUCUGCUGACUCCCGACAACAAAGUCAAGAUUGCCGACUUUGGCAUGGCCGCCUUGCACCAGUCUUCGGAGCAUCGACUUGUGACGGCUUGCGGCAGUCCCCACUACGCUGCCCCUGAAUUGUUGAAGCAUAAGCACUAUCGAGGAGACAAAGCCGAUAUUUGGUCACUGGGUGUCAUUCUCUAUGCCCUUUUGGCCGCCUGCCUGCCCUUUGAUGACCCGGACAUUGGUGCACUGCUCCAGAAAACUAAGAGGGGUAUAUACGAGAUCCCUGACUUCUUGAGCCCUGAGGCCAAAGAUCUCAUCCGUCGCAUGCUCGUGGCCAAUCCUGAUACAAGAAUUAGCAUCAAGGAGAUGUGGCAGCAUCCAUUGAUUCGAAAGUACGACUAUCUCGACGACCUCGGCAACAAUUACCAGCUCAACGACCUCCGCAAGGGCUUUCACUACACCCCACUGAAGCCCCAUGAGGUCGACCCUCAUCUGGUCAGACAGCUUCGGUCCCUGUGGCACAUGCUCACCGAACAUCAUAUCAAGUUGAAGCUCAUGGACUCUGCGAAAAACGACCAGAAGCUGUUCUACUGGCUUCUUCACAACUACCGCCAGAAGCAGCUAGAGAACUUUCUCCCAGAGCUGUCUCAGUCACCUAGUGACUACCAUCACCUGCACGAACCGAUUUGGAAGAAGAGGGUAUCGACUGUCGAAUUCAACCAGCCCAGGGCGGACGGGACGGGCAGAAGCGUCUCGCGCUUCACCGUCAUCUCUCAUGUCGCGGAGACGGACGACGGAACGAUCCAGAGCUACGACCCUUACAAUUCAAGCCGACCUAUGCGAGGACAUUCUCAGGCCAGUCACGCGAAGAUUGUAGUUCACCGUAAUCAUCGAGGCUCCAUGAAACGAGAGAGUACUCAGGCAUCACAAUUGUCACAUGUCAAGACAGGCUCAACACAGCGUCACUCCCGCGUCAACUCUCAGCGAACAGCAAAGUCUGGACGCUUCCAGUCUCCCCGCAGCUCAAUGAAUUCGCUUCCUAGCAGCAGACAAGGAACUUCCUACAGCCGACCGGCUUCACGCCACAAGCGAGGUAUCGACUUUUCUCACAUAAGAAAGAAGUCUGCUGAUGCUCAUGCCGACAAGCGUCAUCGAGAUGUUCCAGGCGUUGUUGGAGAGACAGCCUACCAGGAGAGACCCCAAUCCCCGACAAAUCCGCCUAAGCACAUUCCCAUGAUGGAAAGACCCAGACCGAAGCUGAAAAUCGUGAAGCCCCGGGACCCUGCGGUCAUGGUUAACGAGGAAUUACGCAACUUCAGCAACAGCAUCGCGAAGGACUGCGAUGAAGCAUUCAACAGCUUCCUCUCUGCCGAUGAGACAACAGAGCUGGUUUUGGACGACAAAGGUGGUAUCAAGAGAGAGUCUACGGGUCUGUCUUUGGGCCAAGUGACACCCUCUCCCGAGACUUUGACCAAUCCUUACCACCCAUGGGAUACUCGACCCUUGCCACCUCUGCCGGCUCCCAAAUUAACGCCAUCCUCGAGUCCGGAGACUGAGAGACCCAUCAAGCACCACGAACAGCCCAAGGACGCACAGCAUUCUGGUCGGGUUGGAAAGUUUGUGGAUCAAGUCAAUCGUCUGGGCUUUCCUACUUUACUUCCUAAGCAAGACCGGCGUAGUAUAUCUGCACCUACACAUGGACAGAGUAACAAAACGACCGGCCGUCUACCAGCAAUCAACGAGAAUGGACGAGAUUCAGAGUCUUCAUCUCACUGGAGAGAUACUGACCGGAACAGGAUUGUAUCUGCCCCGCCAAAGACCCCUGGCGGUUACGCUGAAAAGGACGGUCUUGAUUAUCUGAUUCAAGCAGGGGACACUAUCCGUGUCGUCAACUCGCCAAGUGCAACGAGUCCAAUCCCGAAGCCUCUGAACGUGCGAAAGAAGACUGCUGAGCGGCCGGCUUACGAGGACCAGGUCGAAGAGCGCUACGUCUACAUGCAUGGUGCAUCGGGUAUGGAUGAGCCAUCGACUCCAUCUGCUGCUACUCAUGGGAGUGGCACAACGAAGCAGAAAAAGUCAUCGUGGUUCAAGCGUUACUCAAAGGAUAGCACCUCUAGAGAGGGUAGCAUCAAUACCGAGGCAACUCAAGAAACCCAGGCACAUAGCAUGACCACCCAGUCCACAGCCCCGAGCCGCUCGGAAACAAAGUUCCACGAGCCUCCUCCCCCAGUUGCAACCAGGAAGAAGGGCUUCGGCCUGCUUUUCUGGAAGAGCGGUAAAGACAAGGCCGAGGGGAAGAUGGCGAUUGUUGGUACAGAGUACGAUGACUCUCCUUCUCCCGACAACAGAAGAGCUACUGGACACGAAACGAAUCGAAAAUCAGUUAAGAGCUGGAACGACUCUGAAAAGGGGGCUCGGACAAUCGCGGUUCAUCAAAACUGGCUGGCGCGUCUCUUUGGAGUGAAGCCCGCGACGAGCUACGUAUGCCUGGCCAUGUCGCGGAAGCGAGCUCGGCAAGAAAUGGUCAUCCUCCUCAAAGACUGGCGACGUUAUGGUAUGAGAGAUAUCCAGGUCGAGAAGGAGAGGAACAUUGUGUUUGCCCGAGUUGGGGCGCAGAAUUACUUAGGCAUGAAAGAAGUUGCAUUUGCCGCGGAGAUUAUGACAGUGAUCGAACACGGGAAGAAGGGGCCCCUCUGCAUUGUACGGUUUACGCAAGAGCGCGGGGCGGCCAGCAGUUUCCACAAGGUAGUGGACACGGUCCGUACGGUGUUCGGAUCGCGAGGGCUGGUUGUCGCCGACAAGUCCAAGGAGAAGAUGAUGAUCAAAACGCUCAAUUCCUGA